AUAAAAGGGUGCCAGUUUAAAGUUUUCAUUUCUAAAAUAUUGUUCUGGGGUGUCUCCAACACAUCCCACUGUUUUUUGUGGCACUGGCAUUUCUUUAGUGCCCGUUCCGGCCCGGCUUUUACCCCGUCCCGAGAAAAUGGCAGUUUGGGAGGGUGAACUCUCUUGCAUGAUUCCCCGCUGAGCCCCCUUCCUCCUCGACGGUGGAAACAAACAACGGUUUGCUUUCGCUUUCGCUCUCCGGCUCUUUCCGACAUCAAGAAGCGCGGAAGACGGUCAACAGAAGAACAGCCAUGGGUAGUACAUCUUCAACAGGAGCAGCAAGCAACGAAGACAAAGAGAUAACAGCUGCCAAGGUCAAAAGAGAUUUCCCAGAUUUGGUCUCUGAAACUCAUCAAGGAUUGAGCGUGUUAGAAAAAGCCACGUACGACAUUGCCGUCACAGGGGUAUCGGGUGCUGGAAAAUCAUCCCUCAUCAAUGCUCUAAGGGGUCUGUCAGAUUUUGAUGAAGGUGCAGCCGAAAUUGAUGUGAUACAAGUCACAAGGGAGCCGGUGUCUUAUCCAUACCCUGCAUUUCCAAACGUAAUAUUAUGGGACCUCCCAGGAAACGAGACACAUGGGUUAAGUGCUGAAGAAUACCUAAAAAGGGUAAAUUGCAGCCAAUAUGAUCUCUUCAUACUCGUCUCUUCUGAUCGUUUCACGGAGUAUGACAUCCAGCUGUCCCAUGCAGUUUGUAAAAUACGGAAGCGUUUUUUCUAUGUGCGCUCCAAAAUGGACGUCAGUAUUCAGAAUGCAAAAAAAUUUCCAGACUUCAGUGAGGAGGAAAUCCUUCAACGGAUCAGGACAUAUAGCCAUGAUAAUUUUGUGCAGGCUGGUAUUUCUUCUCCAGUGAUUUUCCUUGUCUCCAGUUGGUACUGGGAUAAGUACGAUUUCCCUUUUCUGAAAAAGACCUUAGAGGAUGAAAUGAAAGUCUGUGAGAGAUGUACCUUAAUAGAAGAAAAGAAGAAAAAGGAGAGAUCAACUGAAACAUCAAGCAGUACUAUAGCUGGGGCUACCCCCUCACAACGACUCACAGAAAAUGACCUAGCAACGUGGAAGCAUGCUAUGGCACACAAAAAUCUUGAAGAGAUGUUGGAGGAAACCCAUCUGGAAUUGGAUGCAUUAAAAAAUGUCAAGCUUGACAUUGCGAUCACAGGGGUGUCGGGUGUUGGUAAAUCAUCCCUUGUUAACGCCCUGAGGGGCAUGACCGAUUAUGAAGAAGGUGCAGCCAAAACUGGAGUGAUGGAGGCAACGAUGGAUCUCCAUGGCUAUCAGCAUCCCGUAUUUCCAAAUGUCACUUUAUGGGAUCUACCAGGAAUUGGGACACCAGAAUUUAGCCCCAAAGUUUACCUAAAGAAAGUCAAUUUUAGCUUGUAUGAUUUCUUCAUCAUUGUUGCCUCGGAACGCUUCACUGAGAACGACGUCCUGCUGGCCCAUGAAAUUAAGAAAAUGAAGAAGAAGUAUUAUUACGUGCGUUCCAAGAUCGAUCUCAGUAUAGAUUCGGAGAGAAGGAGACCCGACUUCAAUGAGAACGAAACCCUUGAAAAGAUAAAGAAAUAUUUCUGUGAGAAUUUGAGAAUGGCAGGAGAGCCUUCUCCGAGGGUUUUCCUCAUCUCCAGGUGGGAUUUGAAUAAGUAUGAUUUCCCCCUCUUCCAAGAGACGUUGGAAAAUGAACUUGGUGAUCUCAAGAGACAUGCUUUAAUUUUGGCCAUGCCUGUAUUCUCAAGAGAAAUCCUGGAAAAGAAAAAGGCUGCUAUGGAGAACCUGAUAUGGAAUUUAGCCUUUGUGUCCUGUGGUAUCGGGGCAGUUCCUGUCCCAGGCCUCUCUCUUGUUUGUGAUAUUAGCAUGUUGGUAUCAAUACUGAUACAUUUCUACUAUGUCUUUGGUUUGGAUGAAGAUUCCCUUCGCAGAGUUGCAAGAGCAGUUGGCAAAGAUUACAAGGUGUUGAAAUCUGCUAUCAAAAAGUCUCCAAUGUCCAGUGAGAUCACUCCAGAAUUUGUGAUUGGUCUCUUGUCCAAGUCAUUGCUGUGUGGGUCACUGAUGGUGUUAGAACUGGUCUUCGAUUUCGUACCUGUGUUGGGCUCUUUGGUUGGAGGAGCGAGUUCCUUUUUCACCACAUACUAUAUCCUGAAGAACUUCCUGAGAGACAUUGUGGAGGAUGCUGAGAAUGUUCGGGCAACAGCUGCCAGAUCUUAAGCCUUCCCAGCAGCUAAAGAUCCAGGACUCCCUAGAUACAAACAGGGCAAUCCUAAAAAAGAGUUACUCCAGUCUAAGCCCAUUGAAAUCAAUCAGCUUAGACUGGAGUAACUGUUCUUAGGAUUGCACUAAAAGUGUAGGAAUGAUGCAGAACUAAAGCUCGAGCAUGAGAUUUGCAUUUUUGGCUGGAUGCUUUUUCUCCUCCUUUCACCAACACCCAAAGAGGAACAUUUUCAACUAGAUACGAGCGUGCUAGCUCAAUAUAUCUGACACCCAAAAGCCAUUUGAAGCAACCUUUCCUAGUCCAAAUGGCAGCUCUUGGAAUUUAAAGAACAGCCUGAGCGACAGUCCUAAAGAGUAUUGUUGGAACAAUGGCAUGCUAGCCGAUAGCUCAUACUUGUGAUAUUGUUUGCAUCACAGCACGUCUGCCCUACACAUGCCAAGUGAACAAGCCCAAAGUCUUGGGUACUUGAAAGGGUGUUCCAGUUUUUGUAAUGGGUGGCUUAGUUGCACCAAAUUCCCAAGAACUGAUCCCAGCCUCUAAUCAAGGAAGUCAAUCUGUUUAUUUACCUAUUAUAUAACUUGGUCCUACAGGCCUAACUGUAUCCUCUCCAGCAGUCAUCUUACAAAAAUGAUUGAUGGUUCUUCCAAACUCCACCAGGAGACAAAUGGCCUCUCCUCCAAACAUUUAAACUGCAUUUCAUAUUUAAUUUUUAUAUAAAAAUAGAGAAAAGGUAUCACUAAUAACAGUUCCUCUACAUACAGAAUAAAUAUCUGGUUGCUUUAACACUUUCUAAAACACGCAGCGAGAUUUUUUUUCCCUUUAAGCCACAUCCAAUUCAACACUUUUUUACAUUCUCCUUAGUAAAUUUCUUAUUCCACAGACCAUCACUGAACAAGCAGGACUCAUGACUGAACUUUGUUUGAUUCUCUUUGCUCAAUCCAUAUUGUGUGUAUCUUGAAGUCUCUGCUUUUGCCAAAGAUCGUUGCUUCCAGGUCUGAAGACGAGUGCAUUAGCAACUAUAAUCAGCCAGCUUAACCCUCAAAGUUUUUUUUUUUAAAAAAACUUAUAUAUACUGUGUUUGGGAUAUAACUUCUUAUCCAAGCCAAAUUCUGAUGUAUGAGGGUAGAAAAGCCCCAGAACAUUACUUGGUUUGGAGGGGUGGAAACCACUGUUUCACAGUACUAAAACAUUCAGAGCUUGAAAACACACUUUGACAUGAGGCAGAAUAUUUCUUUAUGUAGAUUUACCUUACCCUGUUUUCCUGUCAAACAACUCAUACCACUACAGUUCCUUUAGAAAACUGUGAUUUUAAAAACAACAACAAAAGCUAUGGUUUGAACCUAAAAUAUUAGACAACUAACAUAAACUUUCAUGAAUUUUAAAGGCAAAUGUUGAAAAAUAUCUAAAAUUGAUCAUUCCCGAUGCUUUCGAUACUUGAGAUGUUUUUUCCUACCACACAAAUCUCUCUCUCUGUGGAGAGGUAAAUAUUCUCAAUGUUGUUUAAUUCUCAGUGUGGUAUGAGAAUCGCUCAUGCCCCGUUUCGGCAUUUAUUCUUUGUAUUGGUUUUCUGCUGGUUUUAAAUCUUUGUAAAUUAUUUGCUGUUAUGUACCCUAUUAAAUUGUCUAUUGAAAUGUCUUUGAAAUUGAUUGUACUGAUUCACACUGUAAUUCACUUUGCAUUUCAGUGAGAAAAGCAGACUAUAAAUAACAAAAAUAAAUGAAUGAAUACAUAAA